UUUGUGGCCGUCGUUAGAACAACAAAUAUUUCCAGUCCAUUCUACAUUUUUCUCUACGUCAUUUGAGAAUUCAUGGCGGCCCCUUUCCAUUUCCCAAACCUUCAAGGUCCUCUUCUUCACAAAUCCCACUUUCUUGGCCAACCCAAUUUCUCCAAAUCCAUUCAUAAAUCAAUCUUCACAAUUCCAAAACAACCCUCAUCUUUCAAAUCUACUCCCACAGCAAAAUUCAACCUCUAUGAGAUAUUGGGAGGUAGAGGCCUCUGCAAUGGAGAAGAAGGUCUCCAACAAGAACUGAAAAGAUCUCCCGCCACCCCAGAGGAGGAGGCACCGCCAGUGGAAAACCCUCAAGAUCAAGAAAAGCCACCACCACCAGCAUCAGAAAUAUCAGGAGAUGAAUUUGAAAAGGAGUUACUAGGCUUAACUGGUGGAUUUCCAGGCGGCGAAAUAGGACUCAUGAAGUUCAUUGAACAAAAUCCACCACUUAAGAAGGGAGAAUCAGCCAUUGUCGAGUUUACUCCAAACUCUGUAAAGAGGCCAAAAGCACCGGAAUUGCCACUGUUAUUGCCAGGAAUGAUAGCCAUUGUCAAGAACCCUAAUAACCCCUUUUAUAUGUACUGUGGUAUUGUCCAAAGAAUUACUGAUGGAAAGGCUGGGGUUCUGUUUGAAGGUGGGAAUUGGGAUAGACUCGUCACUUUCCGGCUUGACGAACUCGAGCGUCGCGAAAAGGGGCCGCCAAUGGCGAACCCUAGGUCUGCAAUCCUUGAGAGCAUGGUAGAGAAAGAGGAGAACAGUUCAUGAUGUGAAUUUAAACUCAUCUGCUAUGAGAACUUGCUUUCACGGUACUUUUUGUACAAUAAUGCAUAAUCAGCAACUUACUGGAACUGGUUUUUAGCCUUUUGUAGCUAAGGGGGAAUGUUUGAUAUUCAUUACUUGAGAUAUUCAUUCACUUGUAUAAUCUCCAACUUAGUCCGAAUUCGGACAGGAAUAGAUAUUUAUGCACGUAUCUUAUUUUCUCUCCA